AUGUCUCUGCGUUGGGCGCCCCCUCCUGGCGUUCAGCAUGGGUCUUGGAGAGUCUCUCCGAUCGCCCGGGCACAACCGGAUCUCGAAGAACUCCACCGCAGUGUGAUCCGCGGACCUCUGAGGCACAAGACGCAGAGGGCCAGCGUUGAUCCCAAGCUUGCUGAGGCACCGCGUUGCCGGAGCUGGGGCGCUGCCCUUCUGAGUCUUGCUGGAGGUUGGAGCACACGUCUGGCCCGAAGUCCAUGCGGGAAGCAGCGAGCACGCGUCCGGCGUGCGAGCUCCGACACCGAGGACGGCUCGGACAAGGACCCCAAAGCGUCACAAGAGUCUGGCGAAGCAGAGUCCAAAGAUGACUCCGCUUCGGAUAGCAAGGAUGCCAAGAAUUCAGAGGACAAGAAGGAGGAGCCCAAAGAGAAGCCCGGGAAUGAUGCCAAAGAUGGAGAGGAGGAGGUGAAGAAAGACUCCAAGAAACCUUCCGAGGACGAAGUGGAGAAAGGGACAGAGCCGUCGGAGCCCGCGAAGGACGAAGAGCCCAAGAAGGAAGCCAAAGAUGAUAAGGAAAAGGAGAAGUCAGGAGAUGAAGCCAAGGGCGCGGAGAAGAAGGAGCCCGCGAAGGAAGAAGAGCCCAAGAAAGAGGCCAAAGAUGAUAAGGACAAGGAGAAGUCAGGAGAUGAAGCCACGGGCGAGGAGAAGAAGGAGCCGGCGAAGGACGAAGAGCCCCAAAAGGAAGCCAAAGAUGAUAAGGACAAGGAGAAGUCAGGAGACGAAGCCAAGGGCGACGAGAAGAAGGAGCCCAAGAAGGAAGCCAAAGAUGAUAAGGACAAGGAGAAGUCAGGAGAUGAAGCCAAGGGCGAGGAGAAGAAGAAGCCAGCGAAGGAAGAAGACAAGGAGAAGACGGAGCCCGCGAAGGAAGACGAGCCCAAGAAGGAAGCCAAAGAUGAUAAGGACAAGGAGAAGUCAGGAGAUGAAGCCAAGGGCGAGGAGAAGAAGGAGCCCGCGAAGGAAGAAGAGCCCAAGAAGGAAGCCAAAGAUGAUAAGGACAAGGAGAAGAAGGAGCCAGCGAAGGAAGAAGAGCCCAAGAAGGAAGCCAAAGAUGAUAAGGACAAGGAGAAGUCAGGAGAUGAAGCCAAGGGCGACGAGAAGAAGGAGCCAGCGAAGGAAGAAGAGCCCAAGAAGGAAGCCAAAGAUGAUAAGGACAAGGAGAAGUCAGGAGAUGAAGCCAAGGGCGAGGACAAGGAGAAGUCAGGAGAUGAAGCCAAGGGCGAGGAGAAGAAGAAGCCAGCGAAGGAAGAAGAGCCCAAGAAGGAAGCCAAAGAUGAUAAGGACAAGGAGAAGUCAGGAGAUGAAGCCAAGGGCGAGGAGAAGAAGAAGCCAGCGAAGGAAGAAGAGCCCAAGAAGGAAGCCAAAGAUGAUAAGGACAAGGAGAAGUCAGGAGACGAAGCCAAGGGCGAGGAGAAGAAGAAGCCAGCGAAGGAAGAAGAGCCCAAGAAGGAAGCCAAAGAUGAUAAGGACAAGGAGAAGUCAGGAGAUGAAGCCAAGGGCGAGGAGAAGAAGAAGCCAGCGAAGGAAGAAGAGCCCAAGAAGGAAGCCAAAGAUGAUAAGGACAAGGAGAAGUCAGGAGAUGAAGCCAAGGGGGGCGAGGAGAAGAAGGAGCCUGCAAAAGAGCCUGUGGAUGAAAUGGACAAAGCAUUGAAAUCGGAGCAAUCACAACCUGAAGAGAAGCCCAAGAAAGACUCUGAUAAAAAGAAGCCAGAAGUCUCCGCAGUACCAAAGGCUGAGACCACAGCUGGCAAAGGCGAUGUCAAGCAAGACAAGCCAAGCAAGGAUACCAAAGGAAAAGCUGAGCAGGUGUCCGAAAAAUCUGACUCGACGGAUGCUGCCAAGCAAGAGACAUACGCUCCGCCACAGGUAUCUGGCAUGGUGGGAGAGAUGCUUGCCGCUUUGAAGCCCGAAGAGAAGAGUGAGGGAGACAAGGAUGCAGCCCCCAAGGAAGCGAAGCAGCAGGCCGUGGAUAUGAUGGAGGAGGUGCUGGAUGCCUUCAAGCCCAAUGAGAAAAGAAAGGACGACGACGUCACGAAGGAGAUGAAGCAGCAGGCGAAGGAGUACUUCGAUUGGAACCGUGCCUGGUAUCCCAUCGCGCCUCUCGACUACCUGCAUACCGACAAGCCAAAUCCUGUGAAGCUCCUGGGCAAGCGCAUGGUGGUUUGGUGCUCCGACACAACAGAAAACAUCUGGCACGCAGCUCUCGACAGCUGUCCUCAUCGGAUGGCUCCGCUGUCUGCAGGUGAAGUUCUGGAGUCAGGAGAGCUGCGGUGCCGAUACCACGGCUGGUGCUUCAACGCAGCCGGAAACUGUGUCUCUGUCCCCAUGGCCCGAAAUGAGGCCGAGGAGACACGCAUUUGCGGGCUGGGGCGUUCUUGCUUGGCGACCUUCCCGGUGCAGGUGAAGCAGGGCCUGGUCUGGAUCUUCCCCUCUGCUGGACAAGAUGCACUCACCCAGUCCAAGAAGUCUGCACCCUGCGUUACUCCUGAGAUGGAGGGGGCAGAAUGGAUCAUGACUGUCGCCCCGGUUGGCUACCAGGUAUCGAUGGAGAACACCUUCGAUCCUUCACACGCCCCCUUUCUUCACAACGGCAUCGUCAAGUACUCGGCUGAGCGAGCACGAGCGAUGACAAAGUUCGACUUGCGGGACGGUGUCAUCUCCGGCAAGCGCGGCUUCGUGUUGCAGCACGGUGGCUAUGAUGAGUCCACGGAGGGCAUCUCCGCAACCCGCCAGUUUGUUCCUCCGUGCUCGAACACAACCGUCUACAAGUAUGCGGACGGGCGUGUGGAGACCAACCAGCUCUACUUCGUGCCAUGUGGGCCCCAUGAGACGCGCUACAUCGUGAACUUCGGCUCGGGUCAGCCACUGAAGGAGCAUGAUCCCUUGUGUUAG